UCUCUUCUAUGGACCCCAUUGAAGUCAACGGGAUCCGGUUCCCCAGUCUCUUCUACGGUCCCCUUUGAAGCCAAUGGGACCCGGUUCCCCCGCCACCUCUUGCCGCCUCCAGGCGCCGUUGUUUGCGCUUAAACCGCCGCGCCUCCCGCUGACGCCCUCAGCGCUGAGACGUUUCCCCUCGGGGCCUUCGUCUAGACGCUUUCUAGCUCCGCGGUUAAUUACAAGGCAAUAAUUGUACGCCUUUUAAGGGGUACGCAAAAGUGAUUUAGAAUUUAACGAGGCUCGCGGCUUUGGCUCAGGCGAAAGGCAGGCUUCGGAUUUUACGUCUGAGGCGAGGCCGCUGCGAUUUGUUAUUGUUUGAAUUGUCGCCGUUUUUGUCAUGUUUGUGAAGUGACGACUUUGCAGCAGGGUGAGUGCGACUGCAGCACAAUGAGCAUUCCGGUGAGCUUUCUAAACGUGCCAGAGAUCAUCAUGGAGUCGGCGUACUUUGCAACGGACAAGUCAAAAAGCAGGAAGAACGGCAAUGGAGCCUUGAUGCCGUUGAGUUUUCCCCAGAGCAACGUUGCGCUCUGGGACCCCACACCGCAGGGGAAGCCAGUUUGUCUGCACAUGGCGCAGUUCAGGAAUCCUCGGCUGCUGAUUCUUGAGAAGACACUGCGGCUGGCUCAUCGCCACGCCAACCAGUUCGGAGGCAAGCCUCAGUCUGCAUUCCUCAUUGGCUCCCUCACCAUCGAUAACGACGAAGAGGGCAUCACGGUGACGGUGGAUAGGUUCGAUCCGGGGCGAGAGACCCCGGGUGGACCUGGUACAGUGAUGCCCACUGCUCUUCUGCCAGGAGACUUCCUCAUCUCGAUGUGCGUGGGACCCGCCCGGGCAGGCUCCGAUAAAACCGCCAUGCACAGCCGUGAUGACUUCCUGGCCGCGUUCAAGUCUCUGCAUCAGCUGGCAUCGUCUCGCGAGGCCUCCGACCCCGGGCGGCUGCUGCUGGCGCGUGCCGUGCUGGAAGGCGCUCCCUCGGGCCCCGGGGCCCUCGCCUUGUCUCUGAGCCUGGCCGCCGUGGUUGUGGCCCGCACCGUCUUGGCCGCGCCCGUGCGGCCGCUGCCCAUCAUUCCCACGGCCCUGGCGCGCAACCUCGCAGGCCCGGCGAGCAUCGCGAGGGUGCAGGCAGCGUGCAAGUCUGGGUUCCUGACAAUGGACCAGACACGGAAGCUGCUGCUCAUCUUGGAGUCGGACCCCAAGGCUCAGAGUCUCCCACUGGUUGGCAUCUGGGUGAGCGGGGUGAUGCACGUGGCGAAUCCACACGUGUGGGCAUGCUGCCUGCGAUUCUUCUUCGGCACUUUCAUCCGCCAGAGGCUGCUUGCGGAGGGAAGCAGAUGCUUGCUGCUCGUGUAUACGCUCACGCACAGCGAGCCCGAGUUUUACGAGUGCAGCCUCACCUCCGGCCUAGGCCUGGACUUCAACUUAUACUCCUGCUCGGAGACGCUACACGUCUUCAAGGAUGUGGAGGCUGCGGAGAGACCUCCCGUGCAGCUGGAGUUGGCCCCAGACAGGAGAUGUGGGGAGUGGGGGUGUUUUAAAGGAGCCUUGGGCAGCGCACCUGGCCUAGGGGUCGGUGAGGGGCCAGCAUCACCCGGGCAGCGCUCUCUGCCCAGCGACAACGACUCCGGGCUGGAGGAGGAGGACUUCUCUCCGCGUCCCACGCCCAGCCCUCACCCCAACACCCAGCUGUCGCCGAAGGUGCAUCCGUGCGUGCCGGAGCUGUCGCUCGUGUGCGACGGGACCUUUCUGCCAGCCCCCAAGGGGCCCCCACCACGACCACCGCCGUCGUCCGGCAACGACGAGAACCGCGCACCGGCAGAUCGCGUGCGCCCGGCAAAACGGGUGGGCGACCGGCACUCCAAGAUCCCGCUUGCCUACAAUCACGGCUCUCCUCCCACCUCGCGUGCCGACGCCACUGUGGACAGGGGCCCGCCGCUCAUCCGGCAACCGCUGAUGCCCAAGAACCAGCAGCAGCAGCAGCCGGACCCCGGUAGUGGCCGCUCUCCGGUGAACUCGGCACCGGUGACGACUGCCGCUGGGCGUCCACUUUCCCAGACAUUCCCGGGGCCUGUGUUAUGCCCGCUGGCCAGAGGCGGCAGUGGCAGCUCUGGGUCUCUGCCGCAACGUGCCCAUUCUCCAGACGUCUCCUUCCUGCAGCGGUGCGCGGGCACAACAGCAGCAGGGAUGGUGCCGUCCCGGCGCCAGCCGUCGCCCGUGCCGCGGCGGCCCCAACAGGAGGCACCGCAGCAGGUUCUGUAUUUAUCGUCGUCAUCGUCGCCGUUGUCACAGCAACAGCAGCACCAGCUGCAGCAGCAGCAACAACAACACCAGCAGCAGCAGCAACAGCACCAGCUGCAGCAGCAACAGCACCAGCUGCAACAAAACUCACAGCUGCAGCAGCAGGAGAAGCAGCAUCAGCACCGUCAGCAGCAACAAAACAAACAGCAAUGGCAAAACCCGCAGCAGCAGCAACAACCACAGCAGCAGCAGCAGCAAGCAUCUUCCCAUCAUCAUAGCUACCGGCAGUCGAGGUCUCCCGCCCAUUUUCACGGGGAGACACCGCACAGCGCCAACUUUGUGCCAUCGUGGCCAUGCCACCACAUGCAGCGGGCGAAAGAGCACUGUUGCUGCUCACAGCGAGACGGCGGCAGCGGUGGCAUCGCCGGUGCCUGUGGUGGCGGUAAUGUUGGCGCGGCUGCGAUGGGCGCCGGUCACCCUGGACACGUCGGGUGGCCCGGGUCACCACCCCCCCUCCUCGCUGGCGCGGCGUAUGGCCUACAGCAGGACCCGCCCGGAGGGGUGGGCUGCCUGCAUGCCGUCCCGGGACUUUCGGGGGACGCCUACUGCUUGCUCAUGGAGCAGGACCGGCAGUUAAAGCUGCUGCAGGCGCAGAUCCAGGAGCUGCUGGCCGCACAAAUCUGCAACGGUGGAUCGAAGCGGGACGAGGUUCUCGUUCCGGCAUGGAGCUCGCCAAGUUCACCGGGCCCAGCUCCGUCCGAGAGUAAAAGGGCAGCGGGAACGCAGAAGCAGGCGGUCAGCAUCGCCUGCGAGACAGGAGGAAGCUUGAUCUGGGGACCGGGCGGUGGGGAGGCGGCCGGGCCGACGCAAAGAGGAGACGCGGGGACGAGCGGAACAACACCGGGCGGGGACGGCGCCACCGACGGCCACGACGCCGACGAUGGCGGGGCCAGCGAAAUCCGGCAGGGGGUGGCGCGCGACGACGGCGAGCUGGCGCUGUCCGGCGAAGACGAGGGCGCCGUGGCGCAGGCCGUCGCGGCCGUCAUCGAGGCGGCGGCGGCGGCGGUGUGCGACGCGAGCGUGGCUUCAUCGCUGCACGCCGUCGACCUGCCCAGCUUCGUCGAGAGCCGAGGCAGCGCCGACGAUUCCAGCCGAAGCUCCUCCCAGGACAGCUCACCGAUGGGUCCGACCCACCACGCUGGCCAGGGCAGUCCGGCACUCGGGGAAAGCGCCAGCAUCUAUGUCCGUGCCGAGCGGGAAGGAGGAGGUGCUGGUGGUGGUGUUGGCGCUGCCACCGGCACACCGGAGGUGGCGAGUGCAGCAGAGCAAGCGGACGGAGAAAGCAACAGCCUCCUGAUGCGGGACGAGAAGCAGUUCUACCACAACCUCUUGCACCAGGUAAAUCGUCUGCUGACCAACACUGCCGAGACACCCGGUGAGGAGAGCGCCACGAGCGAUCGCGAGGAAAGGCCGCCCGCUGUCCAGCCGUGCCCUGGGAUGGCGACGGAAGCCGAGCCCACGCGAGGAGACGCUGUCCACGGGGUGACGUCGAGACGCAAGAAAGCAGAGGAUAACAGCGUGGUAACGGCGACACUGAAGCAGCUGAGGAAGAUGGGCGUGCGUCUGGAUGGGGAGGGCAUGGAGUGUGUGGUCAGCGGCGGCAGCACCAAACACAGCGAACAGGCGGAGAGGGCCAGCACGUUGGCGCGGAUCCUCCCUACGGCCGCAGCGUUGGCCUUGCCUCACUUCAGCUACUCCUCGCUGUCUUUCGCGAUCGGCGCCAGCGGCUUCCCUGGGGACCCCGGCAUGUCGGUCGAUCUGAGCAUGGAGGCCAACGCCAUCGCUCUCAAGUACCUGAGCGACGCGCAGCUGGCGCAGCUCUCAAGAGGCGGUGGCAGUAGCGGCAGCGGUUUCGGAAGUGGUCGAGCAGCCGAUGUGGCCCGGGCAUCGCUUGCGGCCAGCCUCUCGGACAGCGACCGUAGCACCGCACCGGGUCUCCUGUCUCCAAGCAACAUGUCCUUUGCCACACGGCGGUACAUGCAGAAGUACGGGUUAAUUGAUGGAGGCGUCAGCGAUGACGACGACGAUGAUGACGACGACGACGACGACGAUGACCGUGAUCGCAACCAAGUUGGCGCUGCUCGCCGCAAGGAUUCGGUCGGUGCUCGCGUUCCAGCGGAAGAUGUAGACAGCGUUUCUGACGUCAUCGCUAAAUCACUACCCUCCACCGCUGGCGGCUCUUCCCAAACACCUGGCUCGGACUUUUCCGCCUGCAUGGAGCACGGGUCAGGAGGCGCGAGGCUCUGCGAACGCCUGUCUGCCCGCCGCAACUCGGAGCCCAGCCUGGUGGCCGUGGCAGAGACCGCGACGGCGGCGGCAGCAGCAGGAUCCCGUCGCUCGACGGGCGAAGGUCGGGCCCUCACUGACGCGGCCGGGCUUCGAGACAACAGCACCGUGCAGGUGUUGAAGGGGUUAACGCAGCCGCAGAGGAAGCUGCUGAGCACAGGACACGCCGUGUUCACGAGGCAUCCGCUCCGCGUUUUGCCGGAGCGGAAAAAAGUGUUGGGCGGUGGUGUUGGUGGUGUCGGUGAUGGUGCUGGUGGUACAGGUCGGGGGGACUCGCCAGAGAAAAUCCGAGGGAACGAUCGUGACGAGUCCAUGGGAAACAUUCUGGACAUUGAACGGUUGCGACAGCUUCCCAAGCUCUUCUGAGUUAAAAGCAGACAAGGUGACGACCUCAGUUUUUUUAUGUUAGAUUUUGUUUGUGUCCGUCUGGGUGGCUCUGGUUAUAGCUUGGUCGGGGGGUAAACUAGACAAUCGUCUCUUCCAAGGUUGAUUAAAUUAAUAUCGCUUUGUUUUAAGUCAAAAAUGGUUUUCCUGUGGAUAAACUUGGCCCCGUCAUAGGAAUAUGUAAUUCUCACUACUGGCUCAGGGCUGCCAAUGAAAUAGGUACCACCCGAAUACUCGUUUAGGUGGGGUGACACUUAUUGACUUGAUUACAUUUUGUUUGCCUUUUAAACAUUUUUAGAUUUUUGUAUAUUUUAAUGAGCUUGUCAAUGUUAUUUAAUGCUCCUCUUGUGGAAUGGGUGAAGUUUAUCAGUUCCAUAGAGCAGUGUGUUUUGUAUUUAACCAGCUUAAAAGAAAGUUUUAAAUGUUUGUUUUUAUUCUGUAUAAUGAUAUUUUUGUACAUUAGUAAACAACAGCAAGGUUGUCUCGCAUUACAAAUCAAUAGUUCUUGUACAUACGGUGCUAAUGCUUUUUGCCAUAUGUAUAUAUAUUAAUCAGUGCCUUCCAUAGUUUAUAUUUAAAUUGCCCCUACCACUGCAGCUGAGCUGUUAAUGAGGCCUAACUCUUGCAUUUCACAAGGGCCAACAGUGACACGCCGUUUAAUAAUUUCACAUCAAACCUUUAUAUACUCAGGAAAUGGGUGUGUAGCCGUUUGAAUGUUUUUGCCAGUGUUUUUUUUUUGCCAUGAAAGUUUGGCGCGUGUGUUAUGUAUAAUUUAUUUUUGUUCUUUGGUUGUGUGAACACACACCCUUCGCGCUUCAAGUGUUUACUCAACGCACAGUGAAUUCCACUUUGGCAUUUCUCGACAUUGCUUUUGGAAUUCACGUCUGUGAGCAUUUCAACAAAACUAUAUCCAUAAUCAAAUGCGUGUAGAAGUAAUGUUGGAUUUUUAUUUAAACGCCAUUGUUACGGUGCAGCCUAUGACCAAAUCGUCUGAAAAGCUAAGCAGAGUUGAGAACCUGGAUAGUGCUUGAAUUGGGUGACCACCAGUGCACAAAUAUGUUGUCAUAGACAUCUGCGGGGCCCUGGGACUUCGUGGGUAGUAUUCGGCAGUGCAGCAAUUCUAUGACUCGACAGGGACUCCUCUACAAGUUGGGUUCCAGAGGUCUGUUCGUAAGUCGAUUUGUUCGUAAGUCCAGCUUUACUCCUGUCGAUUCCAAACAUGUACGGCAGGUGCGUGAACAACGGGGAAUGGGUUUGAAAGUUGUACAAUCUAUAAAUGUAAAUGCCACGGGUUCUUAAUGUUCUGCAGAUGUAGAUGUCACCACCGCCAUCUAUUGCGCGGCAGCUUAACUUACGAUUCUAAGUCCGAAGAGGACCAGGUUUGUUUGUAUCUCUGUAAGUCGGAUGUUCCUAAGUAGAGGAAUCCUCGUACGUCAAUGGUCCCUGCCUUUAUCAGUGCAUACUCACCAGUGCGUGGGGAUGGGAGGGGGUGUAGCUAGUUGAUUAAUUGUGACGUAGCUUUAACCUAUAGCCCCUCACCCCUUUCAGAAUGAUCACCAAAGAAACAUGGUCACAUUGCCUUCUCUGCUCGUGUGUUGUGUGUCGUUUGCCUAAAGUCUGGAAUAAAUGUGUAAAUGUGAUGUCUAUUCGGUUUGUUUCUUUUGAUGUGGUAUAUUAUCUAAUAAAGAUUUGCUUUUACUGAUA